CUGGGCCUUUGUGUAACGUUAACAGAGGCAACGAUACGGAUUAUUGACCACCAGUAAAUCUAAUCAUUAUCCAGCCCCCGUAGACAGGAUAACGCAUCAAAUAACGUUACCUUACACACUGUUGCUCAAACUAAACAAGAUAUUGACAACUGACAAUCUGAAGUUGAUUACAAGCUGUUGGGCUAGGAUUCCACUCUAAAAGCUGUAAAAGACUUACCUAUGCUUAACUUACAAAAUGGGGAAAAUGUUAUCCAAGAUAUUUGGCAACAAGGAGAUGAGAAUACUCAUGCUUGGACUUGAUGCUGCUGGGAAAACCACCAUCCUUUACAAACUGAAAUUAGGACAGUCAGUUACCACAAUUCCAACGGUUGGCUUCAAUGUUGAGACAGUCACCUACAAAAAUGUCAAGUUCAACGUGUGGGAUGUAGGUGGACAGGACAAGAUCCGUCCCCUAUGGCGACAUUACUACACUGGCACUCAGGGCUUGAUCUUUGUUGUGGAUUGUGCUGACAGGGACAGGAUUGAUGAGGCCAGGCAAGAACUUCACCGCAUCAUCAAUGAUCGCGAAAUGCGCGAUGCCAUUAUCCUUAUCUUUGCCAAUAAACAAGACCUUCCUGAUGCUAUGAAGCCUCAUGAAAUCCAGGAAAAGCUGGGUCUCACACGCAUUCGGGAUAGGAAUUGGUAUGUGCAACCAGCAUGUGCAACAACGGGUGAUGGACUCUAUGAGGGCCUGACUUGGCUAACAUCAAAUUAUAAAUCAUGACUGAAUUAAACAACUGGGAAUGAUAACCAUAACAUGACUCAUCACAAAUAUUAUGUAAAAGGAGGUUUUAAAAUGGAUAUGAGAAGUUGAUGCAUCAUUUUGUAUUAUAACAACUAGGCCUAAUAACUUCGGGGACACUGGAUGAUUUCCAUUGGUCUUAAAUUCAUCUGCUUGAUAGUACACUGAUAGUCAUGGUUACUGUGGCAUGACCAAUAUCAUUUGUUUAUUAUGUGAUUUUGUCCUGUGUUUUUUUUUUAUGUGUUCUGUUGGUAUGGUUGAACAGUCUAAGUAUCUGUCUGGAGAAACUUGGGUGAAUUGGUUUUAAGGGUUGUGUGAGACAAGCAAUCACAUAUGGAAAGUCUCACAAACUAGAAGAUAUGUUGUGUAACCCCAUUUAUAUGUAAUGCUUCACAUCUAAACAAAUACAGCAUUGUUGCCUUUUCA